GAUUAUAUACUAUACUUCUGCAAGGAGUGUGUGUAACAAAGCAAAGAAAAUAUUUACUUCUAUAUGUAUAAGAACGUAGACUAUACAUCAAUACAUGUCAUACAUGUAUUAUACUGGUGGAUAAUAUAGAAGAGAUAACCAACGGACAAAAAUAAAAUCUACUUUUUCUUCUGAUAUUGUUAUUUUUUUUUAAAUAAUCUAAAGACCAAAGAGUGGGCGGCUUUUGAUUUUAAAGACUGUUGUUUUUGUUUCUGUCUGUAAAACAUAAAAGAAAAUUUAUUGCUCUUGGAGAUAUUGAAAAUCUUACAAGCUGUUCAAGAAAUAUAUUAUUCUGUUGGAAAAAAAAUAAAAAAGCGAACUGAUGGGGAAGAGAAGGUUUCAGAAAGCAAAGGAAGCGACGGUAGCGGAAGCUUCAUCUCCGACGGAGUCUCAGACGACAAGAAGACGAAGAGGAAGGCCAAGGAAGAAUCUUGAGAACCCGGAAGAUUUCAAGAAGGAAGAGUCUGAAGAAGACGAGGAUUACGAAGAGUAUGAGGACGAAGAUGAAGAAGAAGACGAGGAAGCUGAGGUCAUAAACAGAGAGAAGCAGAAGAAGAAAGUUAGGAGUAGUAGUUGUAGUGCGGAAGAAGAGCAAAAGUUGAAACAUGAAGAACUAGAGGAGGAGGAGGAGGAGGAGAAGCCGGAGAUGACGGUGAAGGUGGUCGUUCCACAGCCGUCGUCUAGACGGUCGAGGAGGAAAAGCACGCCGGUUAAGAGUUGGUAAUCUUUUAUUACCAUUUCAAUGGAGUUCUUUUUUUUAGUUUUUUUUUUUCUGUAUUUCUGUGUUCUUGGAUUAUUCGUUGAGCUACAAAUUAAUUAGCACCCUCUCAGAGAAAGACAAUUUAAAUUAUAAUUUUCUUGGAUGUUGUAGUUCAAAAACAAGAAGCUAAUUUUGUCGAUCUCACUGUUUGAUA